AUGGAUAUCAACCUCCUCCUUGAGCCCCGUGGUUCCGAAUCGCCGGCGACCCAGGCACCAACAUCAGCACCUCCUAUUCCAGGCACAAUGCUGGGUGGACCUGUUCUUCCAGCCAUCUCUGAGCUCCAGCGACACUCAGACCCCUCGUCUCAUCCUCAAUUUCGACCACUCUAUACCGGACCCCCUGGUCCGGGUCCAGCUCACCACGGCCCACCUGGCUCGAAUCGAUCACCCCCACACCAGGUCAUCAAGCGACAGGCUUCGCAAACUCCUCUUCCCGAUGAAAGCCCAGCUAAGAAGCAGUCAAAAUGGACGCCUGAAGAAGACAAUCUUACCAUUGAGCUGCGAGGCCAGGGCAUGAAGUGGGACGACAUUGCAAAACGCCUUCCUGGAAGAAGCUCAAUCUCCUGUCGAUUGCGUUACCAGAACUAUCUGGAGAAGCGAGCCAUUUGGGACGAAGAAAAGAAGAACAAGCUUGCAAGACUCUACGCUCGUUUCAAGGACCAGAUGUGGCAGAAGGUAGCCACCGAGAUGGGUAUCCCGUGGCGAUCGGCCGAGUCCAUGCAUUGGCAGCUGGGCGAGCAAGAGAUGAGUGCACGCGCGAAUGCUCCAGUCUUUCAGCUCCAUCCAUCCGCGACCUCGAACAGCUCUCCUUCGCAAACAGCCGCUAUUCCUGCCCACACGCCCGCGCCCACAUCGCAUGGCUUUACUCCCGCGAAUGCCGCGCAGCUCAUGCCGACUCCUCCCCCGGUACACGCGCAGCAAUACCAGUCAACUCCGCCGCCGCAACAACAAGGCCCUAUCCACUCGUUCCACCAGCGUACCGACAGCGGAUCGAGUCAGGGUCGACGCAGAGAUGACUCAUUCAGCCGCCGACGUGCGAAUACACUCUCUUCAAGAUCCAGUGUUCCACCUCAGCUUAGCCAGCCCUUGCCACAAAUACAUCCCGCUUCUGUGGAAGAUCUAGUGAGCGGUGCAAGAACAGCGCCAGCUCCAAUCAUGCGAUCAGACAUCAAGAGAGAGGGCUUCAGUUACAUCGAGCCGUAUCAAAAGAGAUGGGAAGGCGGUGCUGCAGGCCCAACUCAAGCAGACUUCGAAACACGCAGUCAGGGAGGAAGAAGCCCCGAUCGACAGUCGCAACGAAGUGCAACAGGAAGCAUCAAGAGCUUCAAACGAGAGUCGGGAGAGUUUGAGCGUCCAGCUACAACUGCACUGCCUUCGCCACCAGUUCCCGUAGCUCCUUGA